AUGGAUUGGGAGUCGCCUCUCGGGUGGCGCCUCCGGCCAGCGCGGGGCAAGGUGGAGGAAUUCCAGGUGGACGUGCAGGAGUACCUGGGCCCGCUGCUGUUUGUGAAACUACGCAAACGGCACCUUCUUCAGGAUGAUGCCUGGUUCUGCAACUGGAUCUCUGUGCAGGGCCCUGGGGCCAGUGGGGAUGAGGUCAGGUUCCCUUUUUACCGCUGGGUGGAGGGCAAGGACAUACUGAGUCUACCGGAGGCCACUGGCCGCACUGUGGUUGACGACCCCCAAGGCCUGUUCAGGAGACACAGGGAAGAGGAGCUGGAAGACAGGAAGAAGGUGUACAGGUGGGGUAACUGGAAGGAUGGGUUAAUCCUGAAUGUGGCGGGGGCAUGCAUAAAUGACCUCCCUGUAGACGAGCGAUUUCUGGAGGACAAGAGAAUUGACUUUGAGGCAUCUCUGGCCAAGGGGCUGGCAGAACUCGCUAUCAAAGAUAGUUUAAAUAUCUUGGCGAACUGGAAUAAUGUGGAUGACUUCAACAGGAUUUUCUGGUGUGGCCCAAGCAAGCUGGCUGUGCAGGUGCGGGACUCCUGGAAGGAGGAUGCCUUAUUUGGGUACCAGUUUCUCAAUGGUGCCAACCCCAUGCUGCUGAGACGCUCCUGUCACCUUCCCGACCGCCUAGUGUUUCCUCCAGGGAUGGAGGAACUGCGGGCCCAGCUGGAGAAUGAACUCAGGGCGGGCACACUGUUUGAAGCUGAUUACUCUCUACUGGAUGGGAUCAAGGCCAAUGUCAUCCUGUGUAGACAGCAGUACCUGGCUGCCCCUCUGGUCAUGCUGAAAUUGCAGUCUGAUGGGAAACUCUUGCCCAUGGUCAUCCAGUAUCAUCUUCUGAGGGGACACUUGAUGGCUGAGGUCAUUGCCGUGGCCACCAUGAGGUGCCUUCCCUCAGUACAUCCUAUCUUCAAGCUUAUAGUUCCCCACCUGCGAUACACCAUGGAAAUUAACGUCCGGGCCAGGAAUGGGCUCGUCUCUGACUAUGGAGUUUUCGACCAGGUGGUGAGCACAGGUGGGGGAGGCCACGUGGAGUUCCUCAAGAGAGCUAAGGGCGUUCUUACGUAUCGCUCGCUCUGUCCUCCUGAUGACUUGGCUGACCGGGGCCUCCUGGGAGUCCAGUCUUCCUACUAUGGUCAAGAUGCUCUGCGGCUCUGGGAGAUUCUCUAUGGGUAUGUGGAGGGAAUUGUGAAAAUCCACUAUAAGUCGGAUGAGACUGUGAAAAGUGACCUUGAGCUGCAGUCCUGGUGUCGAGAAAUCACUGAAGUUGGGCUGCUAGGGGCAGAGGAUCGAGGGUUUCCCAAGUCUUUGCAGUCUCUGGAUCAGCUUUGCAAGUUUGCCACCAUGUGCAUCUUCACCUGCACUGGUCAACACUCCUCAAACCACCUGGGUCAGCUGGAUUGGUAUGCUUGGGUCCCUAAUGCACCCUGCACCAUGCGGAUUCCCCCCCCGACCACCAAGGAUGUGACGAUGGAGACAGUGAUGGCAUCAUUGCCCAGCGUUCAUCAGGCUUCUGUACAGAUGUCCAUCACUUGGCAGCUGGGCAGACGCCAGCCCAUUAUGGUGGCUCUGGGCCAGCAUGAGGAGGAAUAUUUUUCAGACCCUGCAUCCAAGGCAGUGCUGAAGACAUUCAGGGAGAAGCUGGCUGCCAUGGAUAAGGAUGUCGAUGCCCGGAAUGCAAAACUGGCCAUGCCUUACGAGUACCUGAAGCCCAGCCUGGUGGAAAACAGUGUGGCCAUCUGAGUGUGCCCAGCUUUUGAUCAUUCGAGUCCCCCCUCCACCCAAGCUACAACUGCUUCCCAUG